GUCAGCAGCGGUUCUCCACCAUUUCGCUGCGUCUAAAGUCUCCUCCCCGCAAAUGCUAGAUUCGGCGAGCCGAACCCGCUCUCUUUCGGUCCGUAUUUUAACUUCUUCCCACGGACCUAGUCGUACCUCGUUGGGUACCGAGAGACAGUUUGGAAUACUAUCAUCACGGAUUGAGUAAGAUUUUAUCCGGAUGACGACUCCUUCAAUACGAAUUUAGUAAAAGAAAACAGCUCGGAAAUUUCAGAAUAUGUGGACCGGACCUUAAUCAGCAUCCUGGAAGAGGAAAGCACUGAAGAUCUGUGUCCCACACCACAGACAGGUGCAGUGUGUAGCCAGAGCUGCACAGAGGGAGGAAGCUCUGGGGAGGAGGUGGUGCAACAGUGCACCCCUCCGGCUGUGCUGGGUGGCGACCCCCAGGCUGAGCAUUAUGUGGCUGGGUCAUCCCAGCAUGCCCUGCAUCCAGUCCCUGCUGCGCCCCUGCCACCACUGGAUAACACGGCCACGUCACAGCCAGAAAGACGCGUACACGUCAGUGAAAAGAACUCACCCACAGAGAGUCACCCCAACUGCAAAACUAAGGACAGCUGUGAAGAAGGGGCUAUGUCGGAUAGUGGUGCUGAGAUUGGCCAAGGAGGAUUGGGCCCAUCGCACCCCAAGGAUCCUAGUGUCUCUACAGAGUCUCACUCAGACAGAUUCUCUGACAAACAGACGGAAGGAACAGCGCAAGAUUUGCAUUACGGGUCACAACCUGAUAACCGCAGCCACACAGACAGACAGACGGGAGCUGCUGGACCAGGUCAGGACCAGGCUCUGCAGCAGGGAGGUGCAGGUGGAAUGGUGGUCGUCAGUGGGACAGAACAUCGACAGCCUCUCCCGGAGACAGAGAAAUUGGAAUAUAAACAAGAGACUGGAAUGGAGGAACUUAGCAGGGAACACCCAGCUAGAAACCUUUCCUCUGAAUCCUUCUCAACGGCCUCCCCUCUUCCCCUCAGCCCAAAUAAAGAUAAAGUCCCAGACCACAAAGAAGACAGAGGGAUGGAGCAGCCUCAAACAACUCUGCCUACUCAGGCGAUUCAGGCCAGCCACAGACCUCUGUCUGAGGUCAAAGAGCAAGCAGGCAUUCUUCAAAAGUCUGAGCAGCCCAUCGCUGACAACUGUGAGAGGAAACAAACCGACAUCUCCACAGAACCUAAAAUCACCAUGCAGAACUCGAAUGACGACAAAGAAGAGAUGCCGGGAGCUAAUGCUGUGGAGCAGGGACCACAAGAACCUGAAAUGCCUACAGAACCAUCUGAGAGUGGACAUGUCACACUUGGGAGUUCACACACACAAAUGCCACUCCCAGCCCCACCAACUGACGUAUCCGGGACCCCACAGCCAGGAGCUAAAUACUCUGGACUUGUACCCUACACGCCUCCUGGCAGUGGAAAUUCCACCCCAAGCUACUCAACUGACCGGCAGAGUGAGAGCGAUAACGAAAAAAGUCCACCUCAACCGAAGGAACAGAUUGAGGCUAACGGGGCAGAGGAGGAGACUGAAAUGGCCGAACCCUCAGCCAACCUUACAAUCCAGUCACAAAGCUCUUUUCUACACGAGACGUCAAGAACAGCAGCAACCCCUCAUGUCCACCACCUCCUCAGUUUAGAACUAGACUCAAUGCAGACAGAACAAUCUGUUGAAGUUCAGAUGUCUAAUCCUGAGCACGUAACAAGGAUGGAGACUCAACUGGUGUCUGCGCAUGUCCUCUCAACUGACACUCAAGGAGCUGUGAUGCUUGGAGGAGAGACCAGCCUGGAGUUGUCUGAGGAGGUGCAGGUUAAUCAGUGUAUCCUCCUGGAAGAACAUGAUGUUAUUGAAUUAAACUCUGAACUUUCUUCUGAAGAAACAAAGUCGUUUAUUGAAGGGACCCAUUCGGAUAUCGAAAUGUCCCAACUGGCUGCUGGAGAAUUUGAGAUUUAUAGCUUUGCAGAGGAGGAGAUUGCAACAGAAGUUGUUGGAGAGAGACUGUCUCUCUCCCCAUGCUAUGAAGUAAACUUAUUCAACCCACUCAUUGAACACUCUGAGAAUUGUACAGCCAGUGAGGGACAAGACACACACCUGCCAUCUCCCCCUCAAACGGGUAAUGACAAUGAUCAAGCCAUUAUCCAGCAAGGCCCCCUUUCAUCAGAUCACGGUCUCUCAGAAAUGGAGGUCUGUUCAAAUGACUUUAUUCCUAGUCUGUCCACACAAGAUGUAGAGAUGACUGAUGAAAGACAUAAUUUAGAACCCGAAAACACAACUACUGAAGUGGACGCUGCUGUGGUGGAAGAUUCAAGUGAGGUUGAUUUAGUCAUAACUGUCCCAGGAUCAGAUACAACAGUUGGACAGGCGGACACUUGUACACAAGCUACAGCACCUUGUAUGGAGACCAGCACAGCUGUCUCAGACCAUAGAGGGGUGAGCGUUUCCCCAACCACCCAUCUGAGUGACACCCAAAAGCUGCCAGGUGAAACUGAAGUAGGGUCAACGACCAGAAAGUCUUCUCUUGUCUCCCCAAUGGAAGAAUUAACAGAGGUUGUUGUACAGUCAACCAGUCAACACAGUAUUGAGGUCCUCUCCUCGCCAAUUACCGUACACUUGUCAGAGAGUAAAGGGCAGAAUUGUCCUCUUAAAGUGGUACCAGGAGUUACCUUACAAAGUACUACAGAACCAGAGUCCUGUGUUUCUUCUCAUGAAGGUCCUGAAAAUCCACAGCCCUGUCCAACUCUGACAGAAACCCCAGUGCAUACCCAACAGGAUGUUGAUGGUUCUGUUAAUGUGACAUCAACAACCGAGGUCAAACCGGAGGCUUCCCGGUCUGCGCUCUCCUCUGGCGUCAUCGACCCAAAGCUCCUCCUAUUAAAGCGUGGGGACACCCCUCUCCUCAAACAUCCACCCUCCUUAUUGUUGGGCUUGUGCGUGCAGCAAAGCAACAGCUUGACACUUCCUAGUGCUAGAAGCCCCAGCUCUGGCUCAGACACUGCGCCUGUGGUAGAGUGCCCUCCCAAAGCUGUGGCAGCCGCAGUCUCUGUGCAGGAGCCUGUGGCUCUCUGCAUUCAUAGAGGCCAGACAGAGCCCUCCGUCAAGAGAGAACCCACAGCAGCACUUCCCUCUACAAACACCCCAUCCCAGCCCCAUCUGCUCCCACCCUCUGGUCCCACGCCAUGCAAAUCUGACAGAGGGGCAUUAACUUCGAUCAAAACUUCCAUGGGGAAAGCAGUGACAGUUUCCCAAACCCUAAACCCUCCCACCAUUUGCAACACACCUUCCAAGCACCUCUCUGACCCCAAGUUGCCCUCAACAUCAGGCAAUGUGAUGAGGAGUAGUCUCUCCAGUUCCUCCUGUGAUGGGAGCCAGUCGGGACCGCUCCCCGUUAUCCGGCCACGGCUAGCUGGUGUGAAGGGCCCAGGGAUCAGCAGCGCCAAGGAGGAGAGCAGUGAUGGGGAGGCUGACCUGGCAGUGGAGGCCAAGCCUGGCCGCAGGAGCAUGGUCACCCACAGCCCGGCAGAGAGCAAGCAUGAGCAGAGACAGAGCAGGCCAGACAGAAAGGCCCUUUUCUCAAAGGUACGCCAGUGGAUAGCAGACAGGGUCACUCCAAGUUCGUCUCCCUUCUCGCCCUGUUCUUCACCCCCCUCUCCUAGCCCAUCUUCCUCCAGUGACUGGACUCCCAGCACUACUCCCCUCGCUCUCCGAGGUCCCCGGGGUAGGUUCCUCUCCCCGCCCUCUAUGGGCCUGGGAGGUUCCUCCCCAUCGGACCCGGUCACUCCCUAUCGACCCCGCAUGGAGCGUCACGCCGACAUGGCUGAACUGGCCAAACACGAAGCUGAGAUAGAGGGCAGGACCCUAGCGUUGAAGAGAGAAGGCUUCUGGUCUAUAAAGCGACUGACCCGUCUGACAGAGCCGCUCCGGCCCAAGGUGCACUGGGACUACCUGUGUGAGGAGAUGCAGUGGCUCUCUGCUGACUUUGCCCAGGAGAGAAGGUGGAAGAGAGGGGUCGCCAGGAAGGUGGUGCGGAUGGUGAUGCGACACCACGAGGAGCUAAGGCAGAAGGAGGAGAAGGCCAAGCGGGACGAGCACGCCAAAAUCAGACGAGUCGCCUCCAACGUAGCCAAGGAGGUCCGGGCCUUCUGGGGCAGUGUUGAGAAGGUGGUGCAGUACAAGCAGCAGUCCCGGUUAGAGGAGAAGAGGAAGAAGGCCCUGGACCUCCAGCUGGACUUCAUCGUGGGCCAGACAGAGAAAUACUCAGACCUCCUCAGUCAGGCCCUGGAAACUGCACCGGCUGGGAACAGUGAACCUGCACCCUCGCCACCCAAAAAAUCCCUUCCACCUGCUGUGGAUGAGGAUGACCGAGACUUUGAGCCUCCCUGUGGCGAGGAGGAAGAUGACGAGGAGACCAUCGACGUGGAGGAGGCACAGGACGGCAAUGAUGCCGAGACCCAGAGGAAGGAGAUGGAGCUGCUGAGACAGGAAGGGACCAUGUCCUUGGCAGAGUUGCUCAGCACCCUCAAACGGCCUCAUUCACAGGCCUCCGAAGAGGAGUGCUCAGACAAUUCGUCAACAACAGUGGGGGAAGACGAAGAGUUCACAGCCAACGAAGAGGAUGCUGAAGACGAGGAGGACACCAUCGCGGCCCAGGAGGUAGUGGAAGGGGAAGCUGAUCACGCAGGAGAGCUUGAUGACUUGGCUAAAGAAGGUGACAUGACUGUGGAGGAGCUGCUGGAGAAGUACAAAGGAGCGUAUGCCUCUGAUUUCGAGGAGCCCUCGGCGUCCGCCUCUCCUGCCAGCACAGAGGAGUCGGAAAAUUCCGGAGACGAGGAAGAGGAGAGCGAGGAAGAAGAAAGUGAUGUGGAGAGCAACACCACCUCCUCAGAUGACGAGGACAGUGAAGAGGACGAGGUCAGUGACAUUGAGGAAGAGGACAGUGAGGAAGAUGAGUGCGGUGAGGGGAUGGAGAUCCUGCUGAAGGAGGGGGACCACAGCCCCCCUCUGCCAAGCGGCCCGCGGCCCAAGAAGGAGAUCAGCCACAUUGCUGCUACUGCAGAGAGCCUCCAGCCCAAAGGCUAUACCCUGGCCACAACCAAGGUCAAAACUCCCAUUCCCUUCCUGCUGGUGGGCCAGCUGCGUGAGUACCAGCACAUCGGCCUGGACUGGCUGGUCACCAUGUACGAGAAGAAGCUCAACGGCAUCCUGGCUGACGAGAUGGGCCUUGGGAAGACCAUCCAGACCAUCGCCCUGCUGGCUCACCUCGCCUGUGAAAAGAGUAACUGGGGGCCCCAUCUGAUCAUCGUGCCAACCAGUGUGAUGCUGAAUUGGGAGAUGGAGCUGAAGCGCUGGUGUCCCGGAUUCAAAAUCCUCACUUACUACGGCAGUCAGAAGGAGAGGAAACUCAAGAGACAGGGUUGGACCAAGCCCAACGCUUUCCACGUGUGCAUCACCUCCUACAAGCUGGUGCUGCAGGACCACCAGGCCUUCCGACGCAAGUCCUGGCGCUACCUCAUCCUGGACGAGGCCCAGAACAUCAAGAACUUCAAGUCCCAGCGCUGGCAGAGCCUGCUCAACUUCAACAGUCAGAGGCGCCUGCUGCUGACAGGCACCCCGCUGCAGAACAGCCUGAUGGAGCUGUGGUCCCUGAUGCACUUCCUCAUGCCCCACGUCUUCCAGUCCCACCGAGAGUUCAAGGAGUGGUUCUCCAACCCCCUCACCGGUAUGAUCGAGGGUAGCCAGGAAUACAACGAGGGCCUGGUCAAGAGGUUACAUAAGGUGCUCAGACCAUUUCUGUUGAGGAGAAUCAAGGUGGAUGUGGAGAAGCAGAUGCCUAAGAAAUAUGAGCAUGUGGUGCGCUGCCGUUUGUCCAAGAGGCAGCGCUUCCUCUACGAUGACUUCAUGGCACAGGCCUCGACCCGGGAAACGCUGGCUAGUGGUCACUUCAUGUCUGUGAUCAACAUCUUGAUGCAGCUCCGUAAAGUGUGUAACCACCCCAACCUGUUUGACCCUCGGCCCAUUCACUCCCCCUUCAUCACCAAGCCUAUCGUCUUCCACACUGCCUCCCUGGUACAGCGAGCCCUGGACGUCUCCCCAUUCAAGCGCUGCGACCUGUCCAUGUUUGACCUGGUGGGUCUGGAGGCCAAUGUGUCCAGGUACCAGGCCGACGUGUUUCUGCCUUCCAGGAAGGUCACCCGUCAGCUGAUCCAGGAGGUCAUGGAGUCUCCCGACCCCCCUCCCCGUCCCAAACCCGUUCGCAUGAAGGUCAACAGGAUGUUCCAGCCCUUACCUAAGGCUGAUGGUCGCACGGUGCUGGUGGUGAACAAACCCCGACCCACCUGCCCUGUCACCCCUGCUGCUCAGGCCUCAAGGACCCCUCUCAUCCAGGAUGUGACGCCAACCCCUACACCGCCAGUCCAACAAACAGUGUGUUCAGUGGCACCCACAGCCCCUCCUCGCCCGCCCUUGCACCCCAGUGGCCCCUCUGUCAUGAGGUCCGGCUCCCCAAUGCCAGUCCUGGCCGUACGCCCACCCACCACCUCCUGCAACCCCGCCACCCAUCUCACCCCUCCUCCCAGCAACGUUUUGACCCAACGGGUUUUGCUCAGCCCAGACAUGCAGGCCCGGCUUCCCUCUGGGGAGGUAGUGAGUAUCGCCCAACUGGCCUCAUUGGCCGGGCGUCCUGUGUCAUCGUGCCAGGGCAGUAAACCUGUCACCUUCCAGCUGCAGGGCAACAAGCUCACCCUGUCUGGGACCCAGCUCCACCAGGUUCCCAUGGCACCUCCACGCCCAGUACAAGGUAACGUCAUGCAUCUGGUGACCAGCGGAGGGCAGCACCACCUCAUCAGCCAGCCAGCCCAAGUAGCAGUUUUCAGUUCAGCCAAUACCCACGCUGUCCCCACCUCUCCUGUACCCUCGGGAAUCCAGCUGCCUUGCAAUUCUUCUCAAGUGCCCUCCUCCGUGGUGACCAGCUCUGGGAUUGUGAAGAUCGUGGUACGCCAGUCAAGCAAGGAGGGAGGGGGUGUACCCACCCUGGCAGUGCCCCCUUCUCCUCGCGUAGCCCCCCAGGCGUCAACCUCCAUGCACCAUCAUGCCAAUACUGCUGUGAGAACUCCUGCCCCCCAGCAAACGGCCCAUCGCCACCCCGGGCCCACCACUGCUCAAUACACCCUGGCCCCCCCUAGAACCCCUACCUCAGUCACAAUUAGAACCUGUACCCCAGCCCCCCCUCGAACCCCUGCCCCCCCCCGUAAUCCUACCUCAGCCCUCAGUCAGUCCCAGCCCCCUCGCCCAGUGCUUAAGGUAGUAACGGGACCAGCAGAAACCAGCACAGAACAGAAAGCGCGUGUGAAUUCUACGUUGACGUGUGAGGAGAGCAGCGACACCAAAUCAGCCGUUCCUAAAUCAGGGUCCCAUGUGGGUGGAUUUGUCCCCCCUCGACCUCGGGCACAACCUCGCCCACCUCCUCGCUCCCCCUUCUACAUGUCAUGGCUGGCAGACAGCCGCAAGAAGCAGCGAGACAGCCGCCUGGCCCAGAUCAUCCGGAUCAACGACCUGCACUGCAGCGCCAAGCCCGUGUUUGGCCAUGAGGUGCUGGACUUCCUCACCUUCCUCCCGGGCUCCUGCCCUGCUCCGGCCCCCAGGGCCCUGGGUCAGUGGGGUCGCUCGGGCCACGCCGCCUGCCUGUUCGCCCAGUCCCACAGCACUACGGACUACUGGGACCAGAGCUGCGCCCUGAGGGAGGGCAUCCACACCACCGAGGACAGGCUGCAGCUGCUCAAAGAUGUGAUCGAACGGUUUACGUUUGUGAUCCCGCCGGUGGAGGCUCCAGCCAUCACCAUGCACAGCUGCCACCCCCCUCCGUCUCUGAGCCACCAGCAGGCCGUGUUCACCUCGCUGCUCUCCUCCCAGGUGGCCCCGCUCGCACGCAGUCUGCACCGCAUCCAGUGCAACAUGAGGACCCACUUCCCUGACCUGAGGCUGAUCCAGUACGACUGCGGUAAGCUGCAGACGCUCCACACCCUGCUGCGUCGGCUGAAGGAGGGCCAACAUCGCGUUCUCAUCUUCACCCAGAUGACCCGCAUGCUGGACGUGCUGGAGCAGUUCCUCAACUACCACGGACACAUCUACCUCCGCCUGGACGGCAGCACCCGCGUUGAGCAGAGACAAUCCCUGAUGGAUCGCUUCAACGCGGACCGCCGCAUCUUCUGCUUCAUCCUGUCCACGCGCAGCGGCGGCGUGGGGGUGAACCUGACGGGCGCCGACACGGUGGUGUUCUACGACAGUGACUGGAACCCUACCAUGGACGCCCAGGCCCAGGACCGCUGCCACCGCAUCGGACAGACCCGCGACGUCCACAUCUACAGGCUGAUCAGUGAGCGCACGGUGGAGGAGAACAUCCUGAAGAAGGCCAACCAGAAAAGAAUGCUGGGAGACAUGGCCAUAGAAGGAGGCAACUUCACCACCGCUUUCUUCAAACAGCAAACCAUCAGGGAGCUGUUUGACGUGAAUGAGGGGGAGAAGAAGGAGGUGACCCCAGAGCCGUCUUUGCCCCAGCCAGAGGAGGAAGAGACGGGCAACAAACAGAGCACCACCAUCCUGGAGCAGGCCCUUUGUCGUGCCGAGGAUGAGGAGGACAUCGUCGCUGCCUCCCAAGCCAAAGCAGAGCAGGUAGCUGAACUGGCAGAGUUCAACGAGGCCAUCCCAUUGGACGAGGCUGGCGAAGGGAGGGACCCGGAAGAGGAGGAGCUCUCCAAGGCCGAGCAGGAGAUAGCGGCUCUUGUGGAGCAGCUCACUCCUAUAGAGCGCUACGCUAUGAAUUUCCUGGAGGCUUCGCUGGAGGACGUGUGCAAGGAGGAGUUAAAGCAAGCAGAGGAGCAGGUGGAGGCUGCCAGGAAGGGGCUGGACCAGGCCAAGGAGGAGGGCCUGAAGCUGCAUGCAGGUUCCUCGGACGACGAGGACUUCGCAUCACAGCCAGCGGAGGAGCCCUCGCCGCCCGGGUCGGGCCGUCGCCCACGCAAACACAAAGAGAAAGGCGCUCCCUCCACCAGAAUCAGCGGUAGGCUCCGAGGAGCCACCGCCUCCCCACCGCCCACUUCCCCAGAGUCCGAUUCCCCCACCCCCAGAGAAGUGCCUGAAAGGCUCCGCUCAGCUCUGAGAGGACGAGGGGGGACCAAAGACACUACCACCACACCGUCCCGCACAGAGCACCCCAGGGCCCACACCUCCUCAUCAAAGGAAUCUGCCAAACCUGCAUCCACAACCCCGGCCUCUCCUUCUAGAGACUCCAGCCUCAAAUCCGGGUCGGCAGCGCCACCUCUCGGAUCCCAGUCCCAUUCCAGCUCAGUGCCUUCCACUGCCACCAGUCCUCUAGUUGGGAAAUCAAUGACACUACCAGGGGACUCACACACCUGGUCACCCAGCAGGGAGAGGGCAGUGUGUAUCACCUCAGAGUCCACGUGUCCGGUGGACCACCAGUCAUACUCUGCCCAGGCCAGGGACUAUGACAUUAGGGACCAGGAGUCCCUGUCUCCCAACUCUGUGUGCCCUCUCUCCCGGUCGCCACGCAAGCGCCAGUCGGCUGACGGGGAGGUCCUGCUAGGCCUUCCGGAACAUUCCCCGUCGGCCAAGGUCCUGCGGAAGCUCCCUGGUCGCCUGGUGACGGUGGUGGAGGACAAGGAGCCCAGGAAGAGGAGGAGGAGAGGCAGCGGGACAGGAGGAUGCUCAUCAGAGGAGACGGAGAACGCUGAGUCGGGCCGAGUCUCAGACGAGCUAAGCAGAGACUCCCAAACCCCUGACAAAACCAGCCAGAUACCCGAAGAGAAAGGGACUGCUUCAAAAUACUCAACGACCACCAAACUCACAGAGGACCAAGAAUCCCCCUCAACACACACCUAUCCUGCCAGAAGCUACCUCCCUUACUCCCCGCCCCACCAAUCCCCUGACAUGCCGGUGCUGAGGAACCUGCCGGUGCGGCAGCGGCUGGAGAGCGAGUCUCGCGUGGCGGCGCAGUUAGGAGAACUGGGCCGAGGGAGGGGAGGGAACUACCACAGGAAAAUGGACAAUCAGCCAGGAAAAGACGGCAACGUGUCCUCACCCGCUAAUAAUGCUAACUCGACCCCACCAGUGAAACGAAAGAGGGGCCGACCCCCCAAAACUCCCCUCAGGUUGGCGGUAUCCCAGCCAGAGCAUGUAUCUCCUCCCCAGCCCACCUCAGCAAGUGAGGGGAGCCCCGCUCUCUCCCCAAAACGCAAGCGGGGUCGUCCCCGCAAGGACUCGACAACUGUAAAGAAUUCUGUGGGUGCAGGACAUAACUCAACCUCCAGCACCACCAGCCAACCUGGUUCCCUGUCUGAGGCUGUUAACACAGAACCACUACUCCCAUCUGCCCCCACUGAGCCUCAAACUAUGGCCGCCUCUGCUAUCUGCACCAGCCAAGACUCUCUGUCUACCAAAGCUGAGGACUCUACCGCAACAUUAAAACCAAACACUAAGACCCUUACCACAACCCCAACUGCUAUCCUGGCACUAAGCCCAGCUCAAAUCCUUACCACAACCCCAACUGCUAUCCUGGCACUAAGCCCAGCUCAAAUCCUUACCACAACCGCUAUUCCUGCGCCAAGCCGAACUCGAGUUCCCAUCUCAAUUCCAAUCUCUGUCUCCACCUCAAGCUCAGCAACCAUCUCCACCCCGGUUCCAAUUUUAGUCCCUGCCACAAGCUCACCCACAGUCCCCGCCUUAAACUCAAUCUCUGUUCCUGCUUCAAGCUCAUCCACAGUUUCCAUCCUAAGCUUACCCACAGUAUCCACAUCGAGGCCGCCCUUUAGCCCUACCUCAAGGUCAACCUCUGGCCUCAUUCGAAUUCCAACUGCAGUCCUCACCUCAACCCUUGCCCAAUUCCUCACCUCAAGACCUAGAGUCUCCACUUCUCCACCAAUCUCCACAACUACCACACAAAUCGUCACCCCUACCCCCAACAAGAUCUCCACUCCUCCCCUUGCCCAAAUCACUAUCCCUACACCAGCUCAAAUCUCCAAAAUGGCCACAUCAGUCUCUACUCCAACCAUCACCCCCACUCCAGCCCCUACACCAACACUCACAAAUGUCAAACAAACCCCUACUCCGUGCCCUACCACAAUUGUUGCAACCCAUGUACCAACACACACCAAACUCACCACAACCUCAAUCGCAAAUCUGACCACCAUUUCCACACCAGGCCCAAGUAUAAUCGUCACCACCGUCACACAAGCCCGAACCGCCGCCAUCACUGCAACAACCUCCAUACCAACUUCUACCAAAAUCACCAUCACAACCCCCACACCAGCCCCUACACCGACCACCACACUAACCUCUACACCAGCCCCUACCACAACUGUCACCACCGUUACACCAGCCCCUACCACAACUGUCACCACCGCUACACCGCCCCCACCCAGAACUGUCACCACCUCUACACCGCCCCCACCCAGAACUGUCACCACCUCUACACCAACCACACCCAGAACUGUCACCACCUCUACACCAACCACACCCAGAACUGUCACCACCUCUACACCAACCACACCCAGAACUGUCACCACCUCUACACCAACCACACCCAGAACUGUCACCACCUCUACACCAACCACACCCAGAACUGUCACCACCUCUACACCAUCCACACCCAGAACUGUCACCACCUCUACACCAACCACACCCAGAACUGUCACCACCGCUUCACAGCCCCCACCCAGAACUGUCACCACCUCUACACCGCCCCCACCCAGAACUGUCACCAUCUCUACACAGCCCCCACCCAGAACUGUCACCACCUCUACAUCGCCCCCACCCAGAACUGUCACCACCUCUACACCAACCACACCCAGAACUGUCACCGCUGCUACACCGCCACCACCCAGAACUGUCACCACCUCUACACCACCCCCACCCAGAACUGUCACCACUGCUACUGCAGCCGCUGCCACAACCAUCACAUCAACUCCUACCCCAAUCUCUACCCCAAACCCCACCCGUUCCCAAGUACACAACUCCACUACCAACAAAAUCGUCACCCAGAUAUCCACCCCAGCCCCCACUCCAAGUUCAACAUUAGUCCUGCCCCUGGCCCAAAUUCCUAUUACAUCUACCCUCUCCAGCAACUCUACUGCUGUGGCUGCCACAGAGAACCAGGCUGUGGAGACUGCCCAGAAUCCAGAUUCAGAGAACAUAAUAGACAUGGAGGUGGAAACCCAGGCAGUUAAAGUGGACAAAAAGGCGGAGGAUGGAGAAGAGGAGAUUAGUGACUCUCAACCGAAAAAGAGGAAAGUUGAGAAUUCUCUUGAAGCCAAAGACAGUGUCCUUUCCACUCCCUCUCUCGCUGACCCAGAGACUCCAGUGGCUCCUCGGCCAGAGGAAACAGAUAACAAGAAGAUAGAGGAGAGCGCCGGAGAUGACAAAGCCGCCAGCAAGAAGAGGCCUCUCAGUCGCCAGAGCAGUCAGGAGUCGGUGCGCUCCUCUUCUCCUUCCUCGGUGUGCUCCACAUCCAAUCCCACCCGGUCAGCCCAAUACAAGAAGAGUGCAGAGAAGAGAGCACCUGCCAAGAGGAGGCGAGGAGAGGUUCUGUCUGACCCAGAGAAGGGAGAGGGGAAGACUGAGAAAGAGUCCACCAACGCCACUCGGAGGAGGCAGUCCAGGUCCUCUUCUUCAGACUCGGACCCCUGUGAAACCAGGAAAGAACGCCUCACCCGCUCGUCCCAGAGCUGGCAGGAGAAAGAGGGGGAUGGAGAGGGCAACAGGCGGAGAAGAAGACCUGCCAGGAGCUCUGAAUGGGAGGGCAGGACUGUGUCCAACAACACCGGUACUGGGGAGUCUGGUAGCGAGACAUCCUCUGUGAGAGUCACCCGGAAAUCCUCUGGUCCUCUGCCCACCUCGGAGAGUAAACCCCAGUCUAACAGCGUGCCCUCUACCCCUCCCCAGCCAGAGGUCCUGGGAAAGAGAUGUUCAGCCCUGAACGCUGCAGCCAAACUCCUUGCCAUGCGAGGCAGGGUCGACACCCCUGGCAGCAGGAAAGACCCUGCGGCUAAGGCUGCUGGGCAGAAUGUCAUUUCUCCCGCUUCCUCUGACAAGAACCACAAGUCCAAAUCUAAAAGUGCACCAGCCACUCCGCAAACAAACUGCAACAACAAAGCAGGAAUCAGCAAGAUGACUCCCACCAAGUCUAGCCGCACCGCCGCCCGCUCCACCCGCCAGUGCCCUGGCGCCCUCGUCCCGCCCCUGGAGACAGACAACAAGAGGGGGAGCAAGAAGGAGGAGAGUGAAAAAGAAAAAAAGAAGCCCUCGGAGGAGAAGGAAGAGGGGGGCGAGAGGGAGACUCGCUCGUCCAGGGGCCACAGCGCCUGCAGCAGCGUGAGUAGCGAUGGUGGAGGGAGUAGCCUGAGCAGCAGCAACAGCAGCCAGCGCACCCACAGCCUCAGCUCCCAGAGCACCGGGCCCAGGCUCAACAGCUCGCGAGCACCAUCCUCCAGCAGCGAACGUGAACGCAGCACCGAGAGGGGCAGGAGGCGCAGACACAGGAAGGAAGGAGAAGGCUGGGGGAGGGAGACCCGGAAGGAAAGAAAGGAGAGGCACGCCCAGAAGCGGGAGAGGCUCUCGCAGGAAGGGAACGCUGGCUCGGGAGAGGGCACCCCGGACAGGGUGCUGCGCAGCGUGGCGGCUAUGGCAGCAGCUCAGGCCCGCACACCGGCAGCCAACACCCGCUCCUCCCGGUCUUCCUCUGCCCAACACAACAAGACAUGAUGGAAUAACAAUAUAUAUUUUUUAAACUGGGAGAGGGAGUGAGGGAUUCUGACUGGGAAAUGGAGGGGAAAUGGCCUCUAAAGUUGCUGCUUUGUCUACACUGACGGAGGCCAGAGCAGAACUGUGUUGUGCAGGUCAGUGACCUCCCUCCCUCUUGGGCCCUCUCCCCCACCCCACAUUAGAGCUGGUCUCCUCUCCAGUUCAGCCAUCAUCAACUGGGGAAAGGCUUAGAGAUGCCCGACUGUUUGCAGAGAGAAAGGUGCCACCAUGGUAGAGCCCUUCCAGAAGUGAGGUGUUGUAGUCCUGAAGGUGUCACUUCAUACGGACAGUGGCUUGACUGCACACCGGGGACUUUGGGACGAGGUGGGUGCGAGUGAGUUAUUUGUUAGUUCACACUAUGUACUGUAAAACAUUUAAAAAGACUGGAAUACUAAGAGAUGUAUGUGUUCGAGAGAGGAUUAGAUUGCGCCCAAUAUGCAGAUUUUAUCCUCUGCCAGGGUUAUCGGUGGGAAUCAUUCAUGCGACAUUCAAAAUAAUAUUUUGAGUGACAGUUGUAUCGUACGUUUGAAGGUUUUAGACUUUUUGGGUUCUGGACAUUUUGUCAGCUGUUCUGACCUCUGUUGAUAAGUUAUGGAUAUUUUAUGGUUUCUUCCAGGAAGAGAGCAGAUCUGUAAAUGUGAUCUUUGCUGCACUAUGCUGGAGCUACUCUUUGCUUUGGCCUCUGUAUCUUGUCAUUUUCUGUCCAUCUGACUUUUUAAAUCCAGCCUGCAUUUUUCCUUUGCAUCUGACAUGUCCUCAGCAUUUGAGUGCAGUAUUUUACAUCAAUUUCAAUCAAAUUACUACUACGUUCCUGGUACCUCACACAAAUGUAACUCCAAAUAUGUCUGUCUCUCUCAAGCUUGUUACGCAUCUCGAAGAUGCAAAUUAUUUUACUCACUGGCAAUGCAGAAAGAAACGGGAGCAGAACCUUGAUUUAACUCCUCACCUUUCCAAAGUCAGACAGUAUGGUCAACAUUUCAUGUAGUUUAUACUAAAAGGGUAUUGAAUCAGUGUGAAUAAAAAAACAUUAGUGCCUGUUAGGCCGAGUGGGUGAAUGGAGAUCCCAGUUUGCUUUGUAAAGUACUUGACGUUGGAGUGUGGAACUUACUGAGUUGUCAUAUGUCACUAAAAAAGGAUAUGCUUUCUGUAAAUCACGAGAAAAGCACCGUAAUGCACCAGUGCUACCAAAUUCUUUAUUUUUUUAAAUCUGAAUUUCUAUCAUUUCAUUGCUCCUCUUUCAUGUAAGGACUUAAAAUGGUGCAGAUGGCUCUAUAAAUUGUCAAUUAACUUUGAGGACUUGCAUUUGUCAAAGCAGUUUUUGGGCAGGGUGAUGUUUGAGUGAAUGGGUGGAAUAUGGUGAUGGUCUUAUCUUGAUUUGUCCCUUUAAUUUGUUACAUUCCUUUGUUCCCUUGUAAUUCCACAUUGUUUUACUUGAAAGACAAAAUGACAGUUGAAUAAAAGACCAAAAAUGUA